GCGGGGGAGAUGCCGGGGCCGCUGGGCGCGCUCCGGCCGCCGCCGCCUCGGCCGCUGCUCCCGCCGCUGCUGCUGCUGCUGCUGCUGUCGGGCGUCGGGGCCGCGCCACUUCCGCAAACAGGUGCAGGGGAAGCAGCUGCUGCAGAAGUGUCCUUACUUUUUGUGGUUCUAUCAGUAUGCAGUUUACUGACAUUGGUAGUGCUGAUUGUGAACUGUGUAUCCUGCUGUAAAGAUCAAGAAAUAGACUUUAAGGAGUUUGAAGAUAAUUUUGAUGAUGAAAUAGAUUUUACACCACCAGCAGAAGAUACACCCUCUGUUCAAUCCCCUGCAGAAGUUUUUACACUUUCAGUACCAAAUAUUUCUUUACCAGUUCCAUCCCAGUUUCAUCCUUCUUCAGAAGGAUUGAAGUCUCAAGUUGCACGCCAGAGUCUAAACUAUAUCCAGGAAAUUGGAAAUGGCUGGUUUGGAAAGGUUCUGCUUGGGGAGAUUUACACAGGGACUAGCGUAGCAAGAGUAGUAGUGAAGGAGUUAAAAGCCAGUGCAAGUGCAAAGGAGCAAGAUAAAUUUUUGAAAAAUGGAGAGCCAUACUAUAUUCUUCAGCAUCCAAAUAUUCUUCAGUGUGUUGGACGAUGUGUGGAAGCAAUCCCGUAUCUUCUGGUGUUUGAGUUGUGUGACAUGGGUGACCUAAAAGCAUAUUUGUGCAGUGAGCAAGAACAUAUAAAAGGAGAUUCACAAAUGAUGCUGCUACAGAGAAUGGCCUGUGAGAUUGCUGCUGGACUUGCCAUAAUGCACAAGCAUCAUUUUGUGCAUAGUGACUUAGCCCUGCGGAAUUGUUUUCUUACAUCUGAUUUAAAUGUAAAAAUAGGAGACUAUGAAAUAGGACUUGGCAAAUACAAGGCGGAUUAUAUUGAAACAGAUGAUAAUAAAGUUAUCCCCCUUCGGUGGACUGCACCAGAAUUGGUAACCAGCUUCCAAGAGAGAUUACUAACUGCAGAUCAAACAAAGUUUAGUAAUAUCUGGUCACUGGGUGUAACACUUUGGGAACUCUUUGAUCAUGGUGCUCAGCCUUAUGCACACCUUUCUGAUGUCGAAGUUCUCCAACAGGUCAUAAAAGAGAGGGACACAAAGCUCCCUAAACCACAGCUGGAGCAGCCCUAUUCAGAAAGAUGGUAUGAAGUUUUGCAGUUCUGCUGGCUACCACCAGACAAGAGACCAACGGCAGAAGAAGUACAUAGACUACUAACUUAUCUUCGUAUGCAAAGCCAAAGGGACUCUGAAAUUGACUUUGAGCAGCAAUGGAAUGCUCUUAAACCAAAUACCAAUAACAGAGAGACUUCAAAUAAUGCUGCAUUCCCAAUACUUGACCAUUUUACCAGGGAUAGGCUUGGUCGUGAAAUGGAAGAAGUCCUUACAGUAACUGAAACAAGUCAAGGGCUUAGUUUUGAGUACGUCUGGGAGGCUGCCAAACACGAUCAUUUUGAUGAACGCAGCCAGGUCAAUCCUGAUGAGGCCAUGUCGUAUACAAGCAUCUUUUUUCCGGUUGAUGUUUUUGAGAAUUCACUCUCAGAUCCUGGACCAGGAAAGCAAGAUGAAAGUGGCCAAGAUGUGUCACUCAGGGCACCAGGGGUAGUCCCUGUUUUUGAUGCCCACAACCUUUCUGUUGGGAGUGAUUAUUAUAUCCAGUUAGAAGAAAAAAGUGGCGGCAGCUUGGAUCUUGAUAACCAAUCAGCAAUUCUCACUACAGAAGUGGAUAAUCCUGAAAUUCUAACUGAUCAAAGUUCCCAGUUCAUGGCACUCAGGGAUCUUGAUGAUGGGGAAUCAAAUACAGAUGGAGAUUUUUUCCACUACACUGGAGACCCUAAAGAUAUUGGUAUACCUGAAGAUCCGCAUGUUGCCAGUGUCCCGGAAAGCCCUUUCAGUAACAUAUUUAAUGAGUUUGACAAAUCAGAGGAUUUGCACAGUCAUCAAAAAAUAUUUGACUUAACAGAGCUAAAUGGCAUUCAUGCUGAAUUUAAACCAGCUACUCUGAGCCCAAGCUUGGAUGUGCCUAAAGAGACACUAGUAACUGGCCAUGUCGAGAAAAAGAAUGGCCGUAAUGUUUUUGAUCAUGAUGCUAUUUGCUUAGCUGAAAAUUUUGUCCAUCAGAAUGAUUUUGACCCACUGAAUGUUCAAGAACUGUCAGAAAAUUUCUUGUUUCUUCAAGAGAAAAACCUAAUAAAAGACAGCUUGUCUAAGAAAGAAUGUGCAAGUGAUCUCCAAACAGAAUUAGAAAAAGUAGGUUUUACUGGGAAUAUGUUAGAAUCUUCACAUAGAAAUUCUUUAGACCUUGAGCUUAACUUCAUUGAAAAUAAGUCAACCUUGUCUUUGUUACAGGAUAAUGCAAAACCUGAAAGUAAAGAAGAGUGGGUAAAGCCUUCAGGGGAAAACUUGAAUGUCUCAUUGCAGUCUUCUCCAGAAUUGCAAAUAACGUCUAACUUGCCCAAAACUGAAGAAAAGGCUUGUGGUAUACAUUCAGAUCCCAUCCUGUUUCAAGAGGAAACCAAACCCACAUGUUUAAAUGUCCUUACCUGUGCUGAUAGCCCCAAGCAAGAGAUAAAUCCAGGCACCGAGACUGCUUUGGUUGAAGUGCUGCCCAAUGAUGCCAUGACACAGAACAUUGAAGGUGGAUCACAUAACAUCUCCCCCAAAAGUGAAAAGUCCACCAAUAUCACCAAAAGUGAAUCACUUCAUUUCGAUGAAGAAACUGGUUGUAAUAUGGGCACAGAGAUAAGUCUUCCAGAAGAAAUAAACCAAGACUUGGAAAACAAGUCACCUUUAGGAGACCAUAAAGGUAGAAGUUUGCUAGAGAAAGAAAGUGAAACUCUGGGGAUUACUUAUAAAGAAGCACCAAAAGAAGUUGGCUUGAUAUCUGCCCUUUCUUCCGAUUCCACAAGCCAAGACAGUCUCUUGGAGGAUAGCCUCUCAACACCCAUACAGACAUCUGAGCAAUCUAUAGAAACACCAGACUCUUUGGAUUCAUUAGAUGUCCAUGGGGUUUUAGAUGCUUUAGUUACUCAAAGUCCUCAGAAACUUGUGCCACCUGAUAAACCUGCUGACAGUGGUUAUGAAACAGAGAAUCUCGAAUCUCCAGAAUGGACUUCUCAUCCUGCUGUCGAUGAGACUUCAAAUACAGGUGCCACGUUAAUUGACAAUGACACUCUUGCAGCUUUACCUCCCAAUCCAGUUAUCAUAAUUUCAGAUGAAGCAGACAGCAACAAAGAUUUUGACUUGACCUCAAAGACAUUAGCAUGCAGUACUCAAAACUCCUAUCGAGACUCUGCCUAUUUUUCUGAUAACGAUUCUGAAACUGAUAAGAAAAAUGAGGAUGGCUCAGGAACAUCAUCAGCAUUGGCCUUGUUUACAAAAGAUCAGCCCCAAAGGGGUUUAUCCAACACUGAACAGAGUUAUGAUGCCAAGCAUAAUGGUCAUGAAGAGAGAAUUAACCAAAGCCCUCUGUCUGGUUUGCAAAACACCAAUGAACCAGAGUCACGAGAUGCAUUGGAGCCAGAAGAGACUGACGUUUCCAGACAGGUUGAUGUGGCUGAACUGGAAGCGGAAAAUCCUUUGACUCUUACUAUGAGUUCAGAGUGUAGCUAUAGUGAAGAAUUUGACAUUCUCGAUGAUCACUGCUGCAACCGAACCUCUACUGGCACCAAUACUGAUGAAUUACUUGCCUACACAAAUGCCACAUUUUGUUCUGGAAGCCCUUCAGCAGUGGCAGGGGCCUCCUUUUCAACAGACUUGAUGGGAGAUAAGGCCUUAUCCUGCUAUUCUGAAGGGCCUAAGUUGAAAGAGCCAGAUAUUGAAGGAAAAUACCUGGGGAAACUUGGUGUUUCAGGAAUGAUUGACAUAUCAGAGGAUGGAAUAGAUGCAGAUGAAGAAGAUGAAAAUAGUGAUGAUUCUGAUGAUGACCUGAGAGCUUUUCAUCUUCACAGUCUCAGUUCAGAAUCAGAAGAUGAAACAGUGCAUCCAGUGCCAGUGAUACUGAGUGAUAAUGAUGAUGGGAAACACUUACGGAGUUUACUGAAACCGCCUAUGGCUGUUGGAAGUGACAAGCUACCUGAUAAUUGGAGAAAGGAUAAGAAGGCAGUAACAUUCUUUGAUGAUGUCACGGUCUAUCUGUUUGAUCAGGAAACACCAACCAAAGAGCUGGGACACCGAGGAGCAGAAGCAAAUAAUCAGGAGUCUAGUGGUGCGACGCCAUCAUUAGGUCCCAGUUAUUUGAACAGGUUUACAAACUCAGAAAGUUCAACCGAUGAAGAAGGUGGAGGUUUUGAAUGGGAUGAUGACUUCUCUCAAGAACCUUUUAUGUCAAAGACAGCAGAUAACCUUGGUUCCAAGCCCUCUCUUCAAACAUCAAAGUACUUUUCUCCUCCACCACCAUCUAGAAGCAUUGAACAAAGUUGGUCACAUGCAUCGCCUUAUUCCAGGUUUUCUAUCUCUCCUGCCAACAUUGCAAGUUUUUCUCUUACACAUCUUACAGAUUCAGAUAUUGAACAAGGAGGAAGCAGUGAAGAUGGAGAAAAAGAUUAAGUGGGUAAAAUACUUUUUUAAAAUCAGAAACUGCUCAUACAAGACAGCAUGCCCACACUGCUAGCCUGCACAGUGUAAAUACUGAUUAACACAAUUGUGUUCAGAGAACCACUAUAGGCUUCUGCUGGAGUAAGAAGAGGUGAAUCAAGAAACACAGAAAAGAAAUACUAAAUCAGGACUUCUGGUGUGUAUUUGUAAUGUGUGUUUUUAAUCAGUGCAAUUUGCUUUUCAUUUGGAAGAGAUGAAUCUACAGCUGUUUUAAAAAAAAAACUUGAAGUAUUAAUUCUAAAGGCAAUUGUUAUUUGUAAUAAACUUGUAAAGCAAUUACACAACCUUCUGGUUAUGUAUGGGAUUGUAUCAUAUUCUUUUUAUAUUUUUCCAUGUAGUUUAUUCUAUUUGAACCUACACCUGUCAUAGAAUUAUAUAUAAUUGUGUGUACAACAGGUGGCUGUGUCACUGAAACUGUAUGAAUGAUAGUUGGUCAGUAGUGAGCCAUAUUUAUUCUGGGGGGGGAAGAUCACUAAAUACAUAUUACCUUGCUUUCUGUAAUUGCACUAUGGAUAUAUGUUCCCAGAUUCCCCACUAUUGUACAGCAUCAGAAUCAUAAAUUAUUCAAGGAAAAUAAAGCAGGUCAAGCUAGGGCUCUUCACUAGUUUGAUUUCUCCUGUUUCAUAUUUUGUUUGCUAUGCAUGGUACCUGUAAAAUUUAAAUGAGUGUUAUGCUGUUGUAGAAUUUGCUGGAAUCUUAAACCCAGUACCAUUUUUCAAAAUGAUAAAUGAUUCUGAAUGUUACAGUAUUCAUGUUUUUAUAGGAAAUAUUUCUGAGGAGUCUGAAAACACUGAUCUGGGUUACUCAACUGAAUCAAAUGCAUUUUCAUUUCUUCUCUUAGAGUGACUUAAGAAUGUCAGGCUUCUUUCCAAAUAGUAGAAGGGUCUUUCAACCAGUGGUUCUUUCUUUUUUGUUUUUGAAGAGAAAUGAUUUCACUCCUAAACUUCCUGGAUUGGAAAAUAAAGCAACUGUAAAGGUUGUAUCAGAUAAAAUUUCUUAGCUUGUAUUAACCAAAUUAUUAAGUCAGAUACUUCAUAGUAAUGUCAUGAAGUUUUCCCAAAAAUUAGUUGAAAAGAUCAGACUUUUAUAAUGACAGUUUUAUUCACCUUUGCUUUAAAAAGGCAGCGAUGCCAAAACUAAAAAUGGGAAAUGCUACCCCCUAAAGACUCUCUGCCUUAAAAUAAGUAAGAAUUGAUUGCUACUUACCUAGACUCCAUUGUUGGUUGAUAUGAGCAGUCGAAUAAAUCAGCAAUCUUCCAAGAUGAACCUGCUUGACUUCAAAUAGUUUUUCUGGGUGGUAUAGCAGUCAGUUCAUGAAGUGAAUAACAUGGUGCAGUUUAGGGUGGUGGCUCACUUUAAAAAUGUGUUAGCUAGAACUCACAGACCCUUCAGAUGUUUCUGUUAUUGACCUGGGCACACAAGUCAUUUUCUCCUUCCCUCCUUCCUUCCUACCCUCCUUUCUUCCAGUAACUGUGGACUCUCUAGACUUUAUAGCUGUUUCAAUAUUUGAGGACAGUUACUGUGUUCUUCUGAGUCUUCUCCUUCCUUCCUUCCCUCUUUUUUAAAGCAGGGAUUUGGGGAGAUUUGCCACUAGAUGGGCAUAACCAUAAGCUGGCCCUAGUGCUCGUGGGACUGGAUAUUUUCUCCUACAUUAAAUCACAGAGCUACUUUAUUAUUGUUUAAAAGCACUUGAUUUUUAAGAGACUGGAAUGCUUCAGAAACAGCUUUGUGAUUGUGCAGAGAAGGGGGAAAGGGGUUUACUUCAAAGCAGACAAUGUUUAUUUUUGAAGACUGAUAGUGGCCACAGGUAAGCCUAUAGUAUCUGGCUUCCCCAAAUACAAUGUUUACAGUUGCCAAAAAGAUGCAGUGAUAUUGUGCUGAGUGAAGAAUCAGGUUCAUGGUGAAGCCAUUUAUCAUAAGGGAAAGUUUGCCAAUCGGUGGGUUAGUUCAUGCCAUAGAACAUUGUUCUAUAUGUCAACAAAUACUCCUAAGACCCAAGUAUAAAAAGCCUUACUGUUUUUAGGAAGUAUAUUUUACAGUCUCCACUACUCUAAUAGCUUUGAAAACAUUGUAGGUCACAGUCUGUGACUAAAUGUUAAAAAAUAGUUAAGACUAGUAGGCCAGGGCACCUUUUAACUUAUGAUCUCAGUUCAGUAAUGCAAAUUUUUUAAAAUCCGUAAGUUUAUGUAGUAAAAUUAUGACCUACUUACUACAUGUAUACAUUAAUUUCUUGUAGUAACAUUACAUUUCCACAGGGGAAUAAAAUUCAAAAUAGAGACUGUGACCCUUUUAAAAACCACUAUUUGUUGUGUACACUAAACACUUGCAGGAGUCUCCAAAGAGCAUGAAAUCCUGUUUCAGAAACCAUAUUCAUAUGUGUGUGUAUAUAUUUUUUUCUUUUUAAAUCACAGGGCAUUAGAGUAUGAUUAUGCCAAAUUUAAACCUCAACUAAUUUCUUGCUAUGGAGACUCCUUGAGUAUUAAUAGUGAAUGAAACGUUUUAUAGCUAAACACUGACCUAAAUUGAAUAAAAAACAAGAGGCUGCUUUUAUUUUACAAAACUGUAGCUAUGGAAAUUCAGCUUGAACUGCUGAUAUCAGACAGAUUCAACAAAUAUUAAAGUAAGCACCUACUAUAAUAAAUUGUUCUAGGCGCUGAGGAUUCAAAGAUCAAACAAAAAAACAUUGUCCCUGCCCCUCCCCCCAAGGAACCCACAUGGUCAGCCCAGCAAGGUUUUCUUCAGACUUUUAGGUAAUUUUUUUUCACCAUGUAUAAAGAGAUUAGCCCCAUAGCCUCCUAUUUAAUAGAUUAAAAAAAAAAAUAAUACUACCCUAAGCCUCAAUAAAAAGUUACUUCUUUGAGUCUAAAUGACUUGUAACUAGUUGCCAAACAUGCAUCUUUAUAUGAUCAAUUAAGAUUGGAAUUUAUGGGAAAAUCUUACUGUAUUAGGAUAUGGAAGGUAGAAUUUAUUUACUAAAUGUGUGUCAGCAUCCUAUUUUGAAAUUUCAAGCAAUACACAGUAGAUGGUUCAAUAAAAUAGAUUUACAGUUGUCAACUCUGUGUUUGGAAAUAUCAACAUGUAGUUCAUUGUUCAAAUUUAGGGUUUUUUGGUUACAAGCAGUAGGACUUUUUUGUGUGUUAAUUGUUCUAAAACAGAUUAUGCAAUUGAAAGAAAAUCAUUGGGAUUCUUCAGAUUAGAUAGGAUUGGUUUAUAAUACUUGAUCCACAGAAAAUAUUCAUUCUUAAACUUCCUCUUUAUAGUCCAAAAAAGUAUCCAAUUUUAAGUUGCAUCUUAGUUUUUUUAGUGGCUUAUUGCUGAAUAGUUGGAUUCUAUCAAGUAAACCCCAUCUAAAAAAAAAAAAACCCAUCUUAUCUACCCUUUUAAAAUUGCCUUUGUAGGGGUAGCUAGGUGGCGCAGUGGAUAAAGCACCGGCCCUGGAUUCAGGAGGACCUGAGUUCAAAUCCAGCCUCAGACACUUGACACUUAUUAGCUGUGUGACCCUGGGCAAGUCACUUAACCCCCAUAGCCCUGCAAAAAACAAACAAAAAUAAUAAUUUUUUAAAUUGCCUUUGUUGUCUGUCUAAAGUAGUUAACUGAUUUUCUCAGAUGACCCCCUAAUCAGUCUAAAAUAGAAAUGCAUAAAAAGUGCUUCCAAAGUCUCUGAUAACCUGAUUUAAUGUUUAUAAAUUAGACCUUCAGGGCAGAUAAACCACAAAUGUGUUUGAUUUGAAACAAAACAUUCAGUAAUCUGGCUUUUGUAGACAUACAAGUGGAUGGGUAGCCAUUUUUGUACAAAUGGGUUUAUCUAGGAAAGGUUAUUGUAUAUUUCUGCUGCACUAAAAAUCCUUUCAAGCCACCUCCUUUUAUUACUAUUUCAAAUAAUAAAUUUAUAGGAUUUAAUGAAUCUUUGUGUGUGUGUUGAGGGGCUUGGCUAAAAGGAAAUACUACUUUUAAACUAUGUACUAAGCACUUCAUUUAAAACUUUCAGAAGUGAAUCAAGUGUUAUAAUCCAAUUGUUUGGAUAUAGUGAUGGGUAGCAUCAAAAUAUAUUAGCCUUAUGAGAAACAGCCUUAAAAUAUAAGAAUGGGGUGUACAAAAUAACUUCAGCUUUAAGUCACAAAAACAACAUUCUAAGAUAUUAAUGGUAUUAGUUCAAGUCUUUGAUUUGGAGGGAAAAAAAAUUGCUGUAAGAAAAGGACCUUAAAGAUGUGCUGACAGUAUUUUUGAUACCAGCAGCCUGUUAAAGAUAUGUUUGAAUGACUUAAAAUAAUUUGGUUUUGUUUAAUAAGUUGUUCAGAUUUGCACAGGCCUAGGUGUAAUUUGAUAAUGGUACUGAUGUGUAUAUAUGAUGUUGAAUUAUGUUUGUAAAUGAGGAAUUAUGUAAUAAAAUCAUAGGUAUGAGGGUUUUCAUAUUGUAAUUUAAUACAGGUAUAUGAGGUUUAUGGCAAUAUCAUAGUUAAUGAAAUUUCAGGUGAAAUUGUCUUUAAAUUGUGUACAUUUUUAAAUUGUAAGAUUUCUACUGUAUAUUGAUCAUGCAUAGUGUGAUUCAACAAAUUGCUUGUAAUUUAAAAACUAUUUAAUAUUCAAAAUA